GGUAACUGAAAGGGCAGACCACAUUAGAGAGAGAUCAGAUAACCGUCUCUUUCAAUUUUGAUCGCACCUUAAUUUCUACCUGCUGAUCGAAGCCAUUUCCUCUUUCCCAACGAAACUCUUCUCGCAGGUUAGAUCGCUCUCAUCAAUCUUCGUCGACAUCAGUCGCGAUAUCUCGUUGUCUUCUUGAAUUUCCAUCCCGCACGUGCCUGUGGAUUAUUUCGUUUCCUUCUCCUGUUAUUCAUUUAUUCAUAUUGUAUCAUUGAUCAGCUUCAUCCGUGAUUAUAUUGAUCUUUGAUCGUUUUCAUUUUGAAUGUAUAUCGUUAUUAUAAGUAUCGUUUUGCGUGGCAUAUAUGCGUCUAUUUUUAUGAUUUAAUCGUGGAUUGAUGUGUAGAUGAUUAUUUGGAAUUUCUUGCGGUUCAAUUAGUGUACUGAAUUGAAUAUUUGAGAAUCUUGUAAUGUAUUUGUUGCAUUUCGUCAAUUCAAGCGUUUUCUUAGAUAGCUAUACACCAAUGCAUGAUGCAAAUUAAAUUGCCACUUUGUUGUUGACGGUUGUGUUUGCGUUUUGGACAUCUGAUGUAAAUCUGGCUUCAUUAUGUCAUUGAGAAGGUCCUUAGCUUUGCUAAGGGUUUUGAACCUUAAUUAGCAACAUGUAGUUUGUUAAUCAAAGUACUGCAAAAAUGUGACUAUGUGAUUUGGGGUGUUCACGUUUAAGAAUAAAGUGCAUAUACUUAAUCAGGACUUGAUUCCUGAUAUGCUUGUCGAUUUUGUAUGUCUAUUGAGUAUUAUGUAGUGUCACUUCGGUAAAUCAGCAAUAGUCAUUAUUUCCUGCUUCUCAUGCUGAUAUUGUUGUUUUCUGUGCUUCAGCAGCAAAGUAUAUGUGCUGGGCAGCCAUGGAAACAGGAAAAUCUGAUCUGAAUCCACACGCUGAAGUUUACGUGCCACUCUUCCAAAGAGAGGAUGGAAAUAAGGAUGGCUUGCUGCCACGAAUAGUUAAACCAGCAGAAUUUCCUCAGCAGUUUCCCCAGAGUUCUGAGCCUCAUAGCAUUCAGCCUUCUCCUAGUGACAACUUAUACGCUUCAUCCUCUCGAGGUCAAUCUGAGGAUUCUGAGCCCACAGAUACACAGCUUAUGGAUAUGCAAUAUAACUUCGACAUGAAUUGUCUGCGGAUUAACUUUCAUGACAUAUCAGAGGAGUCACUCUCCCACGUUUAUAUAGUAAACAAGUGUGAUCUGAAUGAAACGAUCGACAUGUUAAAUCAACUCGAGCUUCCUGAUUGUCUGUACAUCGGGGAUGAGUCGGAACCUGGGCCUUCCAGCGAAGCUGCUAAUCAGAAACUAAAAAAGUCGGUGACCGGUGAAGCAUGCUCAAUUCCUACCUCAUCAGGUUCGUCAUGCUCCAAACCCGUUAAUUAGCAGGAUCAUGGAUGGAUUUGUAUAGGCCAUUUUGCAAGGUCGUGUGGAGGUGGAUUGUGAAUUCCGUAAAACAAGAUUUUAGUCUGUUGCUGUUAAAUGUGUGGACAGCUUUCCCUCAUUGUUGUAUAGCAUUAUAUUGCUUGUGCUGUAUAUGCUUCUUAGUUCUACUACCUCAGAGUAAUUAGUCGAUAUAGAUUGAUGGCUUGAUUGAUGUUAAAUGCACAUUGAUUUGUUUAUUCUUUUGCAAAUGGGAGAAUAUCUUAUAUCCCUAAUGGUGAUGUCAAUAUAAUCUGCAUACAA